UUUUUUUCUCUCUCGUCUCUUUCUCGUUGUUUAUAUUGUCUGAUAAUCUUAGGCACAAUAUGAAGAGAGUUGAUGUUGAUAGUUGUUGGCUUAAAGGGUGUUGUUCUUCAUCUUCUUCCCUCGACGACAGCGGUGGAAUCAGCGUUUAUUCACCGUCACCAUCGAUGAUGAGAGUUAUGAGGCGAUGCCACCAUAAGGACGAUAAUCUGCAGCUGCCUGAAAUAAGCUUGAAAUCGCCAAUCGUAAGGCCUUAUGUUAGAUCAAAAAUGCCUCGUUUAAGAUGGACACCUGAUCUUCACCAAUGCUUUGUGCAUGCAGUUGAACGCUUAGGUGGAGAAGACAGGGCUACCCCAAAGAUGGUUUUACAGAUAAUGGAUGUGAAAGGACUAACAAUCUCCCAUGUUAAGAGCCAUCUCCAGAUGUAUAGGAGCACCAAGCAUGAACAGAUGAUACAAGUUACAGAAGCAGCUACUGCAUCAAGGAGAAACGAGAAGGUAUCAGAACUGAUGAACUGCCCACAAAAUCAACAGUUUAAGGAUCAAGUGAGACCCUAUAACCUAGGCCUCGGAAUUGAAGGGAUGCCUUCAUUUACCAUCUUUCGGCAGCCACAAUGGAAUGGAAACAAAGUGAGUAACCAGUUAUCAUACAGGGAAUUAACAAAUAAAGGAUCCGAGCAAAGAUCAAGUACUUCAUAUAUAAUCUUCAAGGAUUUACUCAAAAGUUGCACCAUCCCAGAGAAUCGUGAAAAGCUAAACGUGGGACAACAUGGUGGUGCAGAUUGGAAAUGCAAUCAUCAAAGAUUGGUUCACUUAGGGGAUCAUAGUCAAGCAUCUGAUAGUUCAAUUCUUCGGUCGCUUAACUCAAAACUUUCCCAGAAAAUGUCGAGGCGUGGCAAAGCUGAGGGCCUCAAUGAUGUCUCUUUAGAACUCACUCUUGCUUGAAACUAUGCAUAUAAAAGAACGUAACAUAACCAGUGUGGAAUAUCAAAAAGAUUCUGUCUUGUUACGCUGUUUUGUUGGCUAAAUUUCUUAAGUCUACAAUUCUACGUACUUAUCCUUACCUGCGAUAAGAUCAUUUGACUCCGAUAUUUAUUCACUCGAAUACUAACCAUUGCACGAGACAAAGGCUUAACAGUAUAGCUACCUCCAAUUAUGACGAAGGUGACCAAAGGCCUAAAUGCAUAGGGUGAUAAGCCAAGCUUGAUUCACGUGUGCCAGUUGCACUGUGGGCUGUGGCUCGACCACACUGUAGAAAC